ACAAUUUGUUUUUUCUCUGACUCACACAUGUGCUGCUGCAGGGGAUGAAAUGAUUAUUCAUCUGAAUCACUCGACUUCAUGGCUCUUGAUCACUGGCUGAUUCUGGUAAUAAAACUUAGUUGGAACCCACUAUCGAUGAUUCGAGUCGUCUAAUUCUAGAGAGCUUGAAGUGUAGGAGCGAAAAUAAGAGGUCAGACCUGUGAAGAGGAUUCACGUCUACGUAGAUCAAAAUCGUACUUUUCUAUUUGAUAACGCGGAAAUAAUUCUAGACAUUUGAACUUUAUCGAUAGACACACGGAAUUUCCAUCCUCUAGCAUCCAAGAGAAUUGAUCCGGCCUGGAGUGAAGUCCGCCAGAUCUAUACUUUUAUUAAUUCAUACGUACUGAGUUAUUUGGUUCGUGAGAGAGAGUCCAAUCCUGUAGAAAUAAUGUCUUCAGAUCAAACCACAAGGCUCGCAAACGUUCUGAAGUCUAGGAGUGACUGGAGUGUAGGUUUAGAAUCAUCAUUUUUCUGCAUCAUUAAUUCAGUCACGUUGGUUGGCAACAUCUUCGUGUGCUGCGCCAUAUGGAGAAACCAUCGUCUGCGGCAAAACGUUUCUAACAUGUUCAUCUUUGCGUUAGCCUUAAGUGACAUCUUCAUGGCUCUCUGCAUGCCUUCUUCCAUCGUAACGCUCAUCACUGGAAGAUGGUCCCUCGGUGCAGCUUUCUGCCAGAUCCAAGGUUUUUUGAUUCUCACUCUAGCAAUGGUUUCACUUCAAACCAUGACACUCAUCUCCAUCAACAGAUACUACUGCAUCGUAAAGCGUGCCAAGUACCUACUGAUGUUCAAGAAGCGACGUACGCGCUCGUAUAUAAUGAGUCUUUGGCUCAACGCUUUGAUCGCAUCGGUGCCACCAUUUUUUUUCGGCGUUGGGGGUUACGCAUUCCAGCCAGGCAAAUCGAUCUGUUUGUACACUUUUGAGGCCAACAUACCCUAUACUAUCUUUUUAGAGGCRGUUUACAUUGCUCUUCCUUUGACAAUCAUCACGAGGUGCUACUCGGCAGUAUUCAAAGAGGUUUAUCGAACCAACAAGGUUUUUAUUCAAACACCAGGAAAUGCCAACCGAGUCAGAGCAAAUGUCCAAGAAGCGAAAGUAACCAAGACCUUAGCUGCUGUAAUCCUUGCAUUUGGGACGUGUUGGGUUCCUAUUAGUAUAGUUGACAUUAUUGAUGCUGUCAAAGGCCAACCAUACCUCAAACGUGAGAUCUAUCUCACAUACACAGCUUUGAUAUUCACUUCAAGUUUGGUAAACCCUUUCAUUUACGGGAUUUUUAACAGAACAUUUCUAUACGAGUAUAAGAAGAUGCUACGAGAAGUGUUGUGCUGUAGGCUUUGGGUGUGUUGUCCAUCAGUACCACCCAGCGUUGUAAGCGAUUUUGUAUCAUCACCAAAUGAGAAGACAAAUGAUAAAAAACGGCAAAUCAACAGUGGAGAGACGUCGGGAACUAACCCCGGGAAUGACACAGGUCACAAUCCAAAUAGCAGUCCGCGUUUAAUCAGCAACUAAAAAUUCAUACCAUGAUAUAUAAAACAUGUCUAGUUUUGAUGCGGAAUAGAUAACAGGARGAAUAGAAAUGAAUUUAAGCUAUAUAUUUUAUAAGACUUCACAGUUUUAGGGGUGCAAGAAGAUUGGUCCAUUCCUAAAAAGAGACUUCAAUUAAGUUGAUUGAAUGGAAAAAAAUUGUGUUGAAKCUGAUAUAACGGGCUAAAAUUAGAACUUCCUUUAGUAAGCUUUGUAACUCCAAACUGGAGGGCAUUUUAAAAAGUCCUUGAGUGUACGAAGAACUUUAAGUACUUCUCGUUAGGCAAGUCAAAAAGAUGUAAAAUAAAGCAGACUUGGUAAGAGUGAUUGGCGGGUUUGGGGACAAAUAUUCAUGCGAUGCAACAGAGGUCUUCCGUAAAUGAUAUACAUAGCUUUUGAAUACUCAAAAAGUUUAAUCUAAAUGUACAAAAAAUAUCCACUUAAGGGAAACAUGUAAUGUAAUUCGA